AUGUGGAAUCAAACCCUGAUUAUUGAAAUUAUUUGACCUACAACUUUUGCACUUCUCACAAUAAUUUUUCUUUGAUCUGGCAUCUAUGUUCACAAAAAUCGAGAAUACCAUGAACUUUUUGCAAAGUCUCCAGGAAUUUUAAUUAUUACAAUAGUGCUUAAUUAUGUAAACACAAUUACAGCUAUGUCAUUUGGGUUUCUUACGUUUUUCAAUGAAGAGAACAGCAUAUUUAUUGUUCUGCCUAUUCUAGUUAUUUACAGCUUUGCCCGGCAUGCACUAUACAUAUCAAUAAUUCUGAAAAUUUAUAGGCUAGAGCUUAUAAAAGAAAUAAGAUCAGGGAGCUUCUUACUUUAUAAAGCUUUUCUUAAGAAAAAAGACCGAAUCACAGCUUGGUGAAACAUAAAAGUGCUGGUACUGUAUUCUACAAUAGUUUCUUCAACUUUUAUUUCUGUAUUGGCAUUAAAAUAUGCCUUUAAUUAUACAGGAAACUUAAAUAGUACAAAUAAAAGAGAUAUUGACUUAUCAUAUGAUUUUAUUUGACUUAUAGAUGUCGUGCUAGAAGAAAUUGGCUUCUCAAUUUAUUAUUGUCGGAUAAGAAAUGUAAAAAAUGUAGGUUUAAUAAAAACUGAGUUGAUGUUAUUAAAUUUAAAGUAAAUGCAUCGAUAUAAUAAUUUAUAUUUAUAUAAUUGUAAAUUUAUAUAAAAAAAAAAUAUAUAUUUAGCAAUAUGAUCAUUUGGAAUAAUUGCUCCAUUUUGCCCUGAUGAAACAUUUCAUCUCUAUGCAGUUCCUGCAAGAAACCUGUCAACUUUAUUUGUUAUCAUAUUUGUGACGAGGAAGCAAUCAAAGACAAAUAUAAUUAUACCAGUUCCACGUUUAAUUGAUUCCAGACUGAUACUUGAAAAUUACUCAGUUUAUGAAAGUUUUCAAAGUUUUGUUGCGAAGUCGAAAAACAAAAAUUGGAAGCAUUUUCUGGAUAUUUUAGUUGCUAUUAAUGUCUACAAGUAUGAUCCAUGCAUUGAAAGAGCAGAAAAUGUUCACAAGAUUUUCAAUAAAAUCCAAGAUGUGCUCCCUGAAUUUUUUAUUAGCUCCUCAGUGAAUAAGCAAAAAUUUUGGUCGAUAACUAAAAAGUUAAUUUAUUUUUUAUCGUGAAAAACAUCUAAUUGUGGGAAAAAUUUAAUAAUGUAUGUUUUCAAAUGCAAGUAAUUAAAAUUCAAAAAAAUUAGCUAGAGAUUUCAUUAUAAAACUAUAACUUAAUAUCUAGAUAUAGGCUGCUCGAUCUCUUUUUGAAAAAAUUUUGGUGAGUUUUAUUAAUUUUUUGCCCAAAAAAUCGUAUUUGAUAACUCAUGAAGUAAGAAAAUAAAAAGCGAGUGGGGAUCGAAUAGAAGUGUAAUUGAAAUUGAUGCAGAUUUUUUUAGUGAAAUUGAAGAGUAUAUUUACCAUCAAUUUGAUAUAGCUGUAUAUCCAGAUUUUUGCAGAUCUGAUGAAUAUUUGGAUUUAAGCCAAGAAAUGCAUGAAAUAAUAUAA